CGGCACGAGGUGCCUAAACACGUCACACACUCCGCCGCCGCACCUCCCGACUCGCUCGGUGGCCUCGGCUCGUGUUGAUGGACUGCGUCGUCGGAGCCCGCGUCCGGUCGCCAUCCCACUUCGCCGGAGAGGGGGGAAGGCGCCGCCCGGCCGCGUCCAGGGUAUCCUUCCGCUCCAUGGCGUCGGCCGCUUCCGUGGACGAGCCCGCGGCGGCUGAGACGAAGAAGGGGCCGAGCGGCGCCUCCUUCAUCAGGGAACACCUCAGGAGCCUCGCCCCGUACCAGCCCAUCUUGCCCUUCGAGGUGCUGUCCGCUCGGCUUGGGCGUAAACCAGAGGAUAUAAUCAAGCUGGAUGCAAAUGAAAAUCCAUAUGGUCCACCCCCGGAAGUAGCUAAAGCAUUAGGAAAUUUAAAGUUUCCCUAUGUGUACCCUGAUCCUGAAAGUCGUCAAUUGCGUGCUGCUCUGGCUGAAGAUUCUGGUCUUGAAUCUGAGUACAUACUUGCCGGAUGUGGCGCAGAUGAAUUAAUUGAUUUAAUUAUGAGAUGUGUACUUGAACCAGGUGACAAAAUUGUUGAUUGCCCUCCAACUUUUACAAUGUAUGAGUUUGAUGCAUCAGUCAAUGGUGCACUUGUGACCAAGGUUCCAAGACUUCCCGAUUUUUCUCUAGACAUUGCACAGAUUGUCAAAGUGGUUGAACAGGAAAAGCCAAAAUGCAUAUUUCUCACAUCUCCGAACAACCCAGAUGGCAGCAUAAUCAAUGAUGAGGAUCUUUUAAAGAUCCUUGACCUUCCAAUACUUGUAGUUCUGGAUGAAGCAUAUAUCGAGUUUUCAAGUCUUCAAACAAGAAUGUCAUGGGUUAAGAAGCAUGAUAAUUUGAUUGUUCUACGGACAUUUAGCAAACGGGCAGGUUUAGCUGGACUCCGUGUGGGCUACGGAGCAUUUCCUCUAAGCAUAAUCGAGUAUUUAUGGAGGGCCAAGCAGCCGUAUAAUGUUUCUGUAGCAGCUGAAGUUUCAGCCUGUGCUGCCCUGCAGAACCCAACUUAUUUAGAGGGAGUGAAAAAUCUGCUACUACAAGAGAGGGACAGGCUGUUCGAUCUUCUCAAAGAUAUACCGUUCCUAAAACCAUUUCCCAGCCACUCUAACUUCAUUCUCUGCGAGGUCACAUCAGGCAAAGAUGCAAAGAAAAUAAAGGAAGACCUCGCAAAAAUGGGAGUGAUGAUCCGCCACUAUGACAAGAAGGAGCUGAAGGGGUAUAUUCGAAUUUCAGUAGGCAAGCCGGAGCAUACCGAUGCACUAAUGGAAGGCCUAAAGGCACUUCAACUGUGAGCAUGCCAUUUCUCUGACGGAAAAACUGAAGCACUUAACGAGUAUCCUAUGUACUCGUGGUAGCGCACUAGAUGCAGUCUAGCAAAGAGAGGUUGCAUCCGUCUAACACAAUAAGGUGCAUUCUCAAGCGUCUCAUGUAGUCAUGUUUCAAUAAUGUACUUCCAUGUGUAACUACUGUUGUUCGUCCAUCCUUUUUGGAUUGGUCAACCUGGUUUCUUGCUUGUGACUGUGCUGCCAUAUGUUGAUCGGAAUACAUAAGAGUGUUUGAUUUGA